AAAUUCGAAGAGAUAGAAGCCCAUAUGCUCAAUCAUUUUCUGAAUUCUGAUCCUGAGAUGUGGACUGAUCUUCUUCUUUCUUUGAUUUCUUUCCAUUUUAUUCCUCCAAAUCUACAGUCUCGAAUCUGACUUUUAACUCAUUUAAACCAGUCAAACAUGAACACGUACUCAUUUUUCCCUGUACCCGUCCUCUUCUGAUCCUCUCCCAACCGCGAAACUCGAACAGGAAAAGCUUCGGAUGAUGAAAGCUCCUUGAUAACUCUCUUUCUCGGUGGCUACCUUUUUCCUUUUUCUGGCAUAACAACCCACAUAUAUCACGAAAGAACACUAAAUAUCUCUGAUGGAUAGUGCCGGAGAUGACCCUUCUCUGCUUCAUCAGUAUACAAUCCAAGAGAAUUUCGUGUUCGAAGUUGAGGAUUUUGGAGAAUUUGAAUGUGAAAGCUGAAGGGGUCUGAAUAUACGUUCUGAGAAUUGUGACAGGCAACUGAGUGGUGGAUUUCAGUUAAAGAAUAUAGUGAGUGGAAAAUUGGAGAUGGCUGUAGCAAGCAAAACCAGAAUUAUGCUUGAAGGUCUGGUAAGAGAAGGAUCAUUCAAAUGGUUGCUUAGCAAACGGAGUUCCUUCAAUGAAGAAUUUGAAGAGAUGGGAAGGUCCCCAUCUGCCGAGAGGAAUUGGAUACCGGAGCUUUCUGCAGUUGCAAAUAUUGUGGUUCGUAGAUGCUCAAAAAUCCUUGGUGUUCCUUCGAGUGAGCUUCAAGAAAGCUUCAAUGUGGAGGCUGUUGAAUCCAUAAAGCAUCCAUCUCGGUAUGCUAGGAACUUGUUGGAAUACUGCUGUUUCAGGACACUAGCUUUGUCAAUACAAGUAAUGGGUCACCUAGCUGAUAAAAGGUUUCGACGCCUAAUGUAUGACAUGAUGGUAGCUUGGGAGGUUCCAGCUGCUGCGAGCCAACCUUUACUUAAUGUCGAUGAGGACAUAUCUGUUGGGGUAGAGGCCUUCUCCAGAAUAGCUUCAGCAGUCCCUCUUAUUGCAAACGUGAUUAUUAGUGAAAAUCUUUUUGAGGUGCUUACAAAAUCAACUGGUGGUCGGCUUCGGUAUUCCAUCUAUGACAAGUAUUUAAGUGGACUAGAUAGAGCUAUUAAAAAAAUGAAGAACCAGUCAGAGUCAUCUCUUCUUUCUGCUGUUCGAUCAUCAAGAGGAGAAAAGAUUCUGGAAGUGGAUGGAACAGUCACCACCCAGCCAGUUCUUGAACAUGUAGGAAUGUCUACAUGGCCUGGUCGGUUAGUUCUGACAGACCAUGCACUUUACUUUGAACCUCUCCGUGUGGUGUCUUAUGACAAAGCAAAAAGAUACGAUUUAGAAGAGGAUCUGAAACAAGUUGUUAAACCUGAGAUGACUGGACCAUGGGGUACUCGACUUUUUGACAAGGCCAUUUCCUAUAAAUCAAUUUCCUUAUCAGAAUCAGCUCUCAUAGAGUUUCCUGAACUUAAGGGGCACCGUCGCCGUGAUUAUUGGCUAGGAAUUGUCCGUGAAAUUUUAUAUGUUCAUAGAUUUAUAAAUAAGUACCAGAUCAAGGGAGUUGAACGUGGUGAAGCAAUUUCAAAGGCUGUACUUGGAAUUCUGAGAGUACAAGCCAUUCAAGAUAUUAGUUCGAGUAUUCCUCUACAGUGUGAGACUCUUCUUAUGUUUAAUCUUUGUGACCAACUUCCAGGUGGAGACUUGAUACUGGAAACUCUUGCAACUAUGUCAACCUCCAGGGAGUUGGACCGGAGUAACAAUUCUAGGGCUGGGGCUGGAAUGUAUUCAGUCUCCGCCUUGGACAUGGUUUCUAACUUAGGGUUUGUGUUUGGAACAAAUUCAAGUAAUCCAAAUGAGGCUGGGCUUGUUGUGGGUGAGAUAGCUGUGGGAGAGAUGUCUUCUUUGGAAAGAAUUGUUAAGGAAUCUAAAAACAACUAUGAAAAAGUGGUCCUUGCACAAGCAACAGUUGAUGGAGUUAAAGUGGAAGGCAUUGACACUAAUUUGGCAGUGAUGAAGGAGUUGCUCUUUCCGGUAAUUGAACUUGGAAAGUGCCUUCUAUCUUUGGCAUAUUGGGAUGAUCCUGUGAAGUCUUUGGUGUUCUGCUCAGUUUUCAGUUAUAUAAUUUGCAGGGGAUGGCUGGGUUACGCGUUUGCUCUGACACUCAUCUUUAUUGCGGUUUUCAUGGUUCUCACUCGAUUUUGUGGCCAAGGAAAGCCUAUUGAUGAUGUUAAGGUGAUGGCGCCUCCACCUUUGAAUACGAUGGAGCAGCUUUUGACCGUUCAAAAUGCCAUUUCUCAGGCUGAAGGACUCAUCCAGGAUAGUAACAUUGUUCUUCUCAAGAUAAGGGCCUUGUUGCUCUGCAUUUUUCCUCAGGCAAGCGAAAAAUUUGCAGUUGCUCUCUUGAUCACAGCCUUGAUUCUGGCCUUCAUUCCUAGCAAGUACAUAGUUCUUCUGAUCUUCUUGGAAACUUUUACAAGAUAUUCACCUUUAAGGAAAGCAAGCACAGAGAGAUGGAUGAGGAGAUUGAGAGAGUGGUGGUUCAGCAUACCAGCUGCUCCUGUUCUCCUUGAAAGAGAGAAAGAGGAAAAAAAGAGGAAGUGAUGCUGUAAUUAUUAGAGUUAGUGAUGAUUUAAUAAGUUGUAAUAAUGUGCACAUGUUUCUUUAAUGAUUUUUUUUUUUUUUUUUUUUUUCACAAAAAUAAAAAAUAAAAAAUUAAAUUUACAACGGAUACAUCUUGUAAAGCUCAACAAUAAAUAUAGGAAUACAAUAGAACAAAGAAUGUAACAUAGAAUAUAUGUUUGAUCUGGAACAUCUAGCAACAGUAUUCUCCCGAUUUCACUCGGAGAGAAACCAUUUUAUCGUCCAGAUUAAAUUUCACAGUAUCUAAUACCUGUAUAUGUUGCCAUUGUCAUGUUAUUUUAAAAAUUUGAAGUGGUGCGGCAUCAUAAAUACUAUUGGAUGCUGUAAAAUUUAACCUAGAGCAUGAAAUGGUUGCUCUAUUUCACUUGGAGAAAAUCCUAUU